CUGAAAAAUCCAUUGCUGCUGUCGGAUAUAUCCAGCACGACAACGACGAACAUCUUGUAAAAUUUCAAAGAAUAAAUAUCAUAACGUUUGCAUGCUUAUACGGCAGUGCGGAAUGUAGAUCCAAUGCAACUGCAAUACUGGCUGCAUAUUUAGAAGAUCCAAUUGCAAACCCGAUAUCGCCUCUUUUGAGAGAUUGGGUUUUUUCUUCUGGAAUUAAGAAUGCAAAUGCAAGUAUCUGGAACAUGGUUUUAGAUCUUUACGCCAAGAGCCCUUCUCUCACAGUAAUUAAUUAUCUUGGUCUUUCGGAAGACGAAGAAAUCUUGACAAACUACAUGUCACUGGCAACAACAGAAAAUUCGACGAUACUCAAGGAGCAUGCAUCUGAUGCGUUCGCGUCCGUUUAUAAUAACAGGGCUGAUAAAGUAAACUUCGCCUUGGACUACCUCAUCGACAAUUUCGACAAAUUAUAUGCAUUCUGGGACCAACCAACAGAUAAAAUGAUUGGGCAUAUUUCUGCGAUUAGUACCCUCCUAACAACAAGAGAACAACUCGCGAAGUUAAAAGCUUUGGUCGGAAAGCACAGUGAUGUAUUCGGAUCUGAUGGGCAAACUGCAAUCGCCACUACAGAAUCUAACGUUAAAUGGGCUGAAACUUACGAACCAGUUUUCUACAAAUGGUUUACUAAUUUCUACAAGCUGUAAGACCAAGAAGCUACUUCCGUUGUCGCUGUUAACGUUGACCAACAGCACGGCACAUUAUCACCUACCACCACACCGUGCAUCAUGCGUAAAGAAAUUUUUCCAAAGUUCUGAGUAGAGCGCAGCGAUUUUCCUCAGAAACUUCAGUUUACGCUAUUUUGGGUUUGACCUAUUAUCCUCGCCAUGAUUUGUCAAUUUGCACGUACUAUCAUAACAAGAUACUUGUAAGGAAUUUCUUGAACCUGUUGAUACUUUAAAAUUUGCAGUG